AUGCGCACGCUGUUGCACUCGUCUCGGAUACUCGCUCUUGGCCUUGGUCUUUACGCCGCAACUGCCAAUGGCCAGGCAUCACUUCCAGCCGCCCGAUGGGGCCAGGCGACCACGGUCAUAGGUUCAACCAUCCUUGUACACGGCGGCAAGCUGGACCAGAACAACUCUUUUUCAUAUUCGUCCGCUCCAAAUACGGCACAGCUGCUUUCUCUCGAUCUCUCUUCAGGAUUCACCCUUGACAAUCCCCCAUGGGGCGAUGUAGACGCCCCCAAUGGACCAGCACUCGCCUUUCACUCCAUUACAGCCUUUUCACAGCAAGAACUCUUGUUUUUCGGUGGAGACCCAGGUCCGGAGCUUCCACUCUCUACCCGAAACGACUCGGCUGGUACGCUCUGGUAUGCAGGCCACCGAGGCACUUGGAAGACAUACCCAGACGGCUGGGCUCAACAGCCAAUGCGACGACAAUAUCAUUCAGCAAACUCUUUUCACGGUCGUGUAUUCAUUACCGGCGGUGAAAAAGUCGACGGGAGUGACUUUGGCUUUCGGGAUCCAUACGUGUUUAACCCGUGGGUCUCGGGAUCGCAGUUCUCUGCGCUCUCGAGCGACGCAAGUCCUCCAGAUCUCGUCGGGCAUUCGACCAUCACCUUGCCCAAUGGCACCCUUUUUGUUCUCGGUGGCUAUUCACGGUCCACUCAGCAACUUCAACCACUGAACACGGUCUACACCUAUAACAUUUGGGACGGGUCUUGGUCGAGCUUCAACACGAAUGGGGACGUGGUUCCCACUGGUCGAAGAAACUUUGCCGCGGUUCUCGUAGGAACCGACUCGGUCCUGAUUCAUGGUGGGGCCGAUGGGAGCUUCUUGCAAGGCCGAUCCGAUGGUUUCCUGCUCAGCUUUAGCUCCAGGACCUGGACAUCACUCCCAGCAUUGGAUCAAGCCCUCGGUGCCCGAUGGGAUCAUGCUGCUUUUGGCAUUGGCAAUAGUGUCUUUUUUGCCUAUGGAUACACUUCCAAUGGUCCCGCAUCCAAUGCGUUGCUACUUUAUGACGUUCCAAGCGGAUCAUUCCAAGGCUCUUAUACGCCACCAGGCGGGCUGCCAAAUACAAAUUCCCCUGCUAUAUAUCCUGAUAAUGGUGGCGGUGGUGGGGGAGGUGGUAAUUCUCCUCCCUCUGGCUCUGGCUCAGGAGACAGUAGCCCAGGUGGACAAGACACCACUGGCAACCCUGGAGGCUCGACUUCGCCUCCUCACAAUGGCCAGAGUGGAAAUGAUUCAAAAGGAAACAGCACGCCAAUCGUCCUAGGUUCCAUUUUUGGAGGGCUCGCGGCGGCUGCCCUCGUGGUGGUCAUCAUCGUCGUUUAUCGACGUCGCAGAAAUGAUAGAAACAAUAGAAGAGGAUGGAGUGGAACCUCUGAUGAUGCCGAAAAGCUCGUCGUGGUUGGUGGCUUCCAACGAGUUCCCCGCGGAAAAGGAUAUGGUCUCGUCACUCGCCUCCUCAACGUUCGACCUACAACAGUAUACACGCAGGCACCCGCACGCGAGAGGUUUGAUAUUCUUGGAGACGAAGCCAAUUCGCAUUACCGCAGAGAGUCGCGCCCGCGAGGAUACAGGACUGGAACGGGAGAUACUGGAAGUAGCUAUGGUGCAGGGAACCUUAGGCGCUGGGGAAGCUUGGGGAAUGCGCCUUCGGCCAUCGGCUCACUGGUCACCGCAAGUGUCAGUAGCUUCAAGACUACAUUCGGGCUCAACAAUCCGCCUCCUGCACCUGUUCAAGAUCUCAAAGGCGACUCGAACAAUGGGGGCUCUCGAAAUCUCAUGGCUCCUCCAAGUGCGUGGAGGCGUGGGUCGUCUUACACAUCCAACUAUCAUACCGACCCCUUUGGAGAUGAAAAUGGUGUAGAAGAAGAAUAUCAACGCGCAAUGGGUAUGCAGCACGAGGCGCUCAAGAGGGCAUCGUCCUCUGGCACCGACGAAUACUCUGCCCUCAUCCUCAAUCGCAACCCAUCAGAAGGAGUUGCGCAACCAAUUCCAGACACUUCCAGACACAGCAACUUGGCAUUCAUUCCCCUUGCUCCAGUAGUAUCCGGCUCCACCGACCCAUCUCAGUCUCACGGAUCAGACGAACAUCAUGAGCGACAGAAAACGUCGGCCACGACACAUGGUACGACUAUUAUUACUCCAUUUGCCGACGGUUCGCAGCGUAGCGGAUCCCCUCGAGUACAUAGUCCAACUCCAUACCAACUUCAGCGAGCCACAUCGGCUGGUAGUCGUAUUGGAGCGUCGCUCACACGUGCUAUCUCCGCUGUCUCGACCCUCUUCAGCGGUGGCCACGAGUACCAGAGCCCACGUCAACGAGGCAAGUCUCUCGGCGGCGGUGUGACUGCGACGCCAUACCAAUACGACUAUGAAGACCUACGGGACCCGAAUCCGCCACCUCCGAUGCUAGGCAUGGGCCUUCUCCCCAUCGCCGAGUCGAGAGGCGAGGAUGCUAGUCGCCAUGCGAGCCGUUUCAUGUCGUCCUCUGAAGGUGGCGUCGGGACAACGAGUACGGGUAGACCACCAUUGGUGCUCAGGGCUUUGCACGGAAAGAGCUUGAGCUCCUUGAGAACGGCGAACAGCGAAGCAUUAGAGCGGUUAGGUACUGGCAAUUGGAACGUCAUUCAACGCGACGAAACUGGAAGCACGCGACGGACAGACGGGUCCCUUUCGAGUGUGCCAGACAGCCAAUACACUGACCUGGUGGGUGAAAAUGCAAUGGGCGACGCGGAUUCUGCGAGCAUGAAGUGGCAGGAUGUUGUAGGACAAGGUGGAGAGACACGUACCGUAGUCGAAUCGCCGGUCGAUUUGGCGUCCCGCGACACCUUCUUCAAUGACCAUCCUCCAUUGGCGAGUCUUUCUGGUCCCUCUAGUCCUGCUGGACCACGACCUAUUCCCCCUUCCAAGCACGUGUCGUACAGUCUGGCCCAAAGGAUGGAAACGCUCGGUAGAGGCGCGGACAAUGCGCCUUCCUCACCCACAGCAAGACACCACGAGCCAACCUCUCCUCGACGACCAACCUAUGUUCUCGCUCCCAAACCAACCCUCUUCAUUGCCAAUCCAGGAAGGCGCGGAGCUACAGAUUCUUCAUGA